ACCUCAAGACAACAAGAACCGAGACGGGGACCCGCAAAGCCGCGGAAGCUUUCCCUGGAGAUAAGGGGCUAUACACAGCUUGAUCUCCCUCAUUCACAGGCUCGGUGACUUCGCCGUUUUAUGCUUUGGCUACCGAUUUGCUGUGCGAUAUGACAAUACCGACCACGGGGGACACUCACCGGUUCUCUGUGGACUUGACAACAGUGCCGGACUAGCCAGGCCACUGAUCGAAGGGCAAAGCCAACCCUUCAAAUCGAGAGUCAACAACGGGGACACUUCUGAAAACUAAUACGGCUUCUGGUGAGGCCUCCCGAUCGAUUCUUACCAGGAGUGCGGAGCAGACAACAACAUGGAGCACGCCGAGGAACUAGGUGGACAGUUCUGUGAUUCUUGACAUAGUGACCAAAGAAGAUCGGGUGUCUACUACUCUGCGGAAGUGAAAGUUGAGCACUUUGUUAUUCAUAUUAUUUUUGCCCUCCCACUGGAAAAUACAAGUUGAUUAUUGAUUGCCAUAGUUUUUAAAGAUAAAUUCACCAAUAAAAAUGGGAGGAUUUCACUGUCGCUUUCUAAAAUACAACGAACAUGAUCCCAAAGACUGUAUAUCACUCUUUAAAAGGAUGCAUAAGGACUAUGACAAUAAAUUGCGGAAAAAUGUGAUUUAAAAACAAGCAUGAGAAACUGAAUGAGGAACAGAAUCCAGAAGAAACGGUUUGUAUUAGUGGACUGAAAAGCCAUAAAGAAUGGGAAAAGAUUGUGUUAUUUAAUGGAAAACAAAACAUUGUAAAACAAAAGACAAUAACAUUAUGAGUUAAACAUCGUGGAAUGUGAAUCAAAGUGAAAGGGAAAAGAAUGUAAUAUUCUGACGUGACCUGGAGAAGGAGAGAGAAAGAAAGCACGAUGAAAAAACAAAGACAAGACCAAUAGCAAUAACAGGGAUAACGAAACAAAAAUAAAAAGCAAAGCAGCAAAUUACCAAGAAAAAAAACCCCGAAAAAAAACCGGCGCCACCGAACAACACACCUGUCAGCUCACAGUGGAUAACUAGGCAGGACCAAAACCAGGAAUAACGUGCAAAUCAGCAACACACCUGUCAAGUCACAAUUGGACUUUGCAAAAACGUCAUAUCACCAUGGAGAUGAGUCAUCUGUACCACGACGGCAGCCGCGGGGGUCCGACCAUCGAGCUGGAUGUCAAAGAACAGAUGCGGACACGUGAAGUCAACGCCCGCGAGGAACGAAACUUCGAGAAGAAGAGCAGGACUUUUGAGAAGGCUAAGGUUCUGUGUGAGAAGAACACAACGUGGGAAAGGUGGCGAGUCGGGCAGACGCUGCAUACAAUAUGGGAGAGAACUCCCCGUUUGGAGAGAAGUUUGGCAAUCGAGAAAGCAAGAGUUGAGGCCCUUCAACGAGCAAUCCUGGCACGGUCUUACAAACGGCCGGACAACGUUCCAGUACCUCAGCCGAUGGUCAUUAGGGAGGACGUUGUCCGCAGCCAACUCACGAAGAGCGCCCAAAAGAAAAAGCGCCGUCGUGACAGGGCCCGACAGCGCAUGCGCCGACAGAAAGCCGAGCAAGAGAAGCCCCUCAACACUGACGUGGGUGUCCAGGAGAGACACGUCCAGAAACCACCUGACUUCGUCAAGAGGAGCGAGCACGUAGUCAAGGCCCUGGCUCGCCUCAACUGGCGCCAGGAAACCCGUCGACGUGACCACCUCAAAUUCAAAGAAGAGCUGGAGGAGUUCAGCAAACCAGUCAUCGACAGAGCUAGGGUGGUCCUGAAGGGGAGAAACGACAUCGACGUCGAUAAUAUGCUGGAUAAACUGGAGAACUAUUUCACUCCACACAGCAAUCACACUGGGUUUACAACGACUUCACGGCGAACUCAGAAGAAAAUGGGCGGCAGUACAAACACUCUAGCCUCGAAGAGCUCGCAGAGCCAGAGUACUUCCAGUUUGGUUGGUGAAUUCCGACUCACGGAGGGAAACCUGCUCAAGUUAGAUGGAGGGCAGUCUAGCGCGGUUGGUAGUGGUGGCGGCGGCGGUGGCGAUGAUGAUGAUGAUGCAGACGACCCGAGUUUGCUUCUGCUGUCUGUAGCGGCGUCUUCUCAGACUGAUUUGACAUCUUCUGAACUGAUACCAGACGUGCCCAAUGACGUAGUAGGAAACAGACAGAAGAAUGACGCAAACAGUGGUGACGUCAGUUCUCCUGAUGAUCACACCAAUAAAAGAAAAACAGAUCUCUCCCUUUCAUCAGAAAACCUAACUACAUUUACAGCUGAAGAGGCUCGGCGCAUCAGCGAAGAAUUUUCAAAUGUUGGAAAGGAUUCUCAAACUUUUCAUUUACCUCCGAUAAUUGACGGACUUUAUGGAAUGUCUCUCACUUACAGGGGAACUGAACACACCAAAGACUCCAAAAACUCUACCUCUGUCAAAUCACGACACGGCAGAAGCCAAAGCCAACCUGUACACAACAACAGUGUCACAUCCAGCGAUGCAGGAGCAACGAACUCUCCCACUAACAAAGACAUAUUCUCGCCUUCAACAAGCGUAUCAAACGUAAUUCUAGAAGAAGAUGAACCGGAAGAUCAGGCACAGGCAGGCAUAACCCCCUCCUCUCAGCACAUGAGCCAGCAGCAAACGUCGUAUUUCAUGUCCCGUCAUCACAACAGCGGCGGUUUCUCGGACAAUGGCAAUGAUGAGAUCCGCAGUACGGCCUCGUACGCUCUCAGUACUGUGAUAGGUCUUCCCAGGGUGUGGCGUCAGACCGCCGCCAAGAAAAAGGAACAGCCGGCCCCGGACGCCACGCCCAGCGCCAUAGCCAGAAAGCACAGAAGGAUGAGGUCCAACCCAAGAUUAUAGGAUAUUUCUUAUUUUAGGUCUAAAAAUACUGUUGUUGUUGCUGUUGUUUGUCUAUUGUUAUCAUUUUUGAACUACAUCUGAAUCGUGGAGCGCUGUGAGCUCAGUUGGUUCCAAGCUUGUUAUCAGGGUGUUGAUUCAAAGUUCUAAAGACAGCAAACUAUCAAUAAUAGCUUUAUUGUCAUAAUCGUUUGAUAUAGGUGGAACUCCUUGUUCAACACUGUAAGGUCAGUUAAGAAGUCGGACCUUCGCUUCGAUAAGAUCGGUCCGAGCGAGUGAAGUGCUUUUUCCUUAUUCAUCAGCCAUUCCUAUGUCAAUAACCGUCCUUUGAGAAUUCGAACUAGAGUAAACGACAUCCUAGCACAGCUUGGUACCUACUGAGCUAUCAAUGUGCCUUAAUCUUUUGGGGGUAUUUUCUAGCUCAUCACAACGUGCACCAUAAAAGCGGGGCUAUCGAAGUAAGGUCUCGGAUUUAACGUUUAUUUUUUAAAAGACCGAACUAAGAGAUGGAGAGCCAGGAAAACUCCAGUUAGAAAAAUUCAAGAAUAUUCUGUUUCGGGUUAGAGCAAAGUUUGCGACCAAGGAACAAUCCAAGUGGAUAUACUAACCGAACAAAAUAUGUGAACCUUCUUAUUUCGAUUUACAGAAAAUUCCUGGAAUUUACAUUUCGCCUUAUUGGUUUCUGGAUGUUAACGGAAGAUCUGAAGAGUGUUAAAAUAUGGUCACACAUUAUCUACGCUUGUUACGACCAAGCCUUUCAUAUCGGAGAACACUCAAAUGCCAACUUUUCAACAUCAACAUUUUUCCAUUUCGGAUCAGGUAACUAGCAAGGGGCGGGGCUCUUCCUUGCGUUUCGUGUUUCGAUCAUCAUCAAGAGCAACUAUCAUUUGCCUUUGGCGAUGAAGCAACGAAGACGAUAGUCCUUCCAUUUCUUUUUGUGGGAUCCGCUAUUUUUGUCGUAUUUUCGAACAGCACUAUUCCCUUUUGUGUCAAUUGAUACCACAAGUUUAGAUAACAAACUACCCCCUCAAGAACUCUGUGGUGAGUGAGCACAACAUGGACCAGAACCCAAAUUCAGUGGAUAAACUCAGUUUUCGCAGGUCUCCUAAACACUUUUGCCACAAGUUAAUAGAUAACAAACACGAUUAAUAUGCUCUUCAGAUUCAACAAGAAUGGCUAGGUCCCUAGUGUGUUUUGCUUACAAAGUCCGGUUUUCUAUAUAUAUUUAUGAAGUGAUGACAACCUAACAAAGAUGGCGGUUUCUGUAAUGGGUUUAAAUACACGUAGAUCGACAUGUUUCCUGGAAAAACCCUGUGAACAGUGUACCAACAUUAAGAUGUUCUCUGCACGUGUAGCCAAGCAUUACCUCGGGUUUUAUACGCGAGUAUUCUCUACUACUACUAUAAUUGCCUUAUGGAUGUUAUUCAUCUUUCAUUUUUGCAUAGCAUUUACAAUGCUUCAUUAGAUUAUUUAUUUAUUCAAUUCAUACAAA